UCGUAGUGAGGUUUUCUGCUUUCCUCUCAAGUCUGCAUUACAUUAUUCACCUCCGGUGAUGGAGUGAAUCUUUACCAAAAGUCCUAACAUUCUAGAAAGAAUUACUUUCUGAAAACCGAUUGAGCAAAUGAAUCAACCAUACCAAAAGCGAAUAUAAAACAAUCCGACCUAAAGAGACCACAUAAUAAACUAAAUACGAAAAACCCUAACAGUCUACUUUCAGAAUUCAAUGUGUUCUAAACAAAAACAAGAAAAAGAUCCAAGAAUAUACUACAAAUCGCAUAUUCUAGUCGUCGCUUACCGAGUCAGUCUUCAACAACCAAAGUUGAUGUUUGUCUUCCAAAUGGCGGUAGAUUAAACAAAAUGAACAAAAUUGAGAGAAAAACAAAAAAUGUAGAGAGAAAAAAAAAAGUUCCAAACGGUGAUCACAAUCCUUAGAUCAAACAAAAUAGCGAGAAACAAACAGAAAAAACAACAAUGUACCCGACACACAAAUCCCACUUUCAUUCCUGUGUUGGGACUUGGGAGUCGUCAAUUUUAACUUUUAUUUUAUUUUAUUCAAAUUGAUCAUCUUAUUGGUCUCCUAUAAAAAGUGCAGUGAUCGUAUUAUUGAUCAGCACCAAGCCCUUAUUUUAUGAGAUUUUUGUUUUUUUUUUUUUUUUUGUUUUCACUAGUACUUAAAAAUACAUUUUGAGUAUGGAUUUUGGAGUAUCAGAUGAGUUGUUGGGGACUUUUGUGCCAAUUUUGGUAUAUUGGGCUUAUUCUGGAAUUUGUACUCUGGUGGGAUCGUUUGAUAAUUAUCGGUUGCAUUCAAAGAAGGACGAGAACGAUAAGAAUUUGGUCUCGAAGACGACGGUCAUCAAAGGUGUUCUUCUCCAGCAGGCAGUUCAGGCCCUUGUCGCAACCAUCUUGUUUACAGUUACCGGAAACGAUGACGAGGCCAAGACGAAUAAAAAAGCUUGCCUCAUUGUUCUCGCACGACAAUUCCUUGUUGCAAUGUUGGUUUUAGAUACUUGGCAAUAUUUCCUGCACAGAUACAUGCAUCAUAACAAGUUCUUGUACUGGAAUAUCCAUUCGCAGCAUCACCGGAUUGUUGUCCCAUACGCGUUCGGAGCUCUGUAUAACCACCCCUUGGAGGGGCUCCUUAUUGACACAGCUAGUGGUGCCUUGUCUUACCACCUCUCUGGAAUGUCUCCGCGAGCCUCCAUCUUCUUCUUUUCCUUGGCCACCAUCAAGGCAAUAGAUGACCACUGUGGGCUGUGGCUUCCUUGGAACCUCUUCCAUGUGUUCUUUAGAAACAACUCUGCUUAUCAUGAUAUUCAUCAUCAGCUAUAUGGAGCCAAGUACAACUUCUCACAACCAUUUUUUGUUAUGUGGGAUAGAGUUCUUGGUACUUACAUGCCUUAUGCAAUUGAGCAGAGAGUCGAUGGAGGCUUUGAAGCAAGGCCUACUAAAGAUUACAAGAAUGAUUGA